AGAAUGACGAGUGACCUGGAGAGAUUGAAUUCCGAUUGAUUUUUCUUACACAUUGCAUAAUUUGGUAAGCAGUUAUGUUGGUUAGUGCGUGAACAUGCAUGAACUGUCAGCGACCCUUGUUAACGUGACAAAAUACUGUGCUGCAUGCAACAAAGACAAACUGUGCCGAGUUUAGCAAAUCUCCCGAGGAAUAUAUUUUUAAGUCUUAGAAUAUUACGUAAUCGUUCUGGAUAAUCAUGAUGUGGUGACCUUGAGUGGUGACAGAAUGAUGUGGUGAACUCUGACACGGUGAACUUUGAUGUGAGGAAUUUUGUGGUGACUGAUUUGGUGUCUUUGAUCAAGUUGAUGAGGUGAACAUUUUGUGAAUCCUUUGCAGUGACUGAUGUUUUGACUCUAAUGUGGUGAACUUUUAUGUGGUGACUACUAAGGAUAAUUGAUUUGGUAACUGAUUUGUUGAAGUUUUAUUGUGGUUUCUUUGGCGUGGACAACUUGUUUACAGUGAUGGUGUCAACAGAUCUCAUGUGUUACCAGGGAGGUGUCAUGGGGUGGUACCUCUAUGUUGUGACUGUGGCGGUGCCUCUAAUACAGGCGGUAGAGGACACCUGUCAGACCAACUACACGUACCACGUGGUGAACACUAACCUGCUGUGUGGCUGCUGUGCUCCAGGGUUUUACAAGGAAGAAGACUGCCAGGAGUCGAGUAAAUCGGCCCGGUGUAAGGCCUGCCCCUCAAGUCACUUCAGUCUGUACCCUAACCAGGCCACCAGCUGUCAGCCCUGCUCCACCUCCUGUCCGCGGCGUAAUUCUGAGAUCGUCAGUAACUGCACCACCCUGUCUGAUAUCCAGUGUCAGUGCCGGGAGGGAUUCUACCUGAAGUUACGAUCCCCCACAGAGGGACUGUGUGUUCUAUACUCCAAAUGUCAGCCAGGAUUCUACGUACAAAAGCUAGGAACGUCAACAGAGGACACAGAUUGUAUGUCAUGUCCAGAGGGGACGUACCAGGACAGUGAGAAUCUAGAUACCCAGUGUAAGAACUGUAGCAGGUGCCCUGACCCCUCCACAGAGACCCAAUGGUGUACCAGUCAGUCAGACACACAGUGCAAUGAUAAACCCACAUUUCAGUCUGAGAGGGAGAAAGAGACCACACCCCCUGGGGUGAUUGGCGGGGCUAUUGUGGGUGUGCUGGUGGCGCUGGUGUUGAUGGUGGUAGUGGUGCUGAUCUGCCACAGGAAAAGUCACUGUUUGCCAUGUCUGAAGAUCACUGGGACAGAAAGAUGCAACGAGGGUGAGAUGCAGGACAUGGGCACAACAAAUGGACACACCUCUGUAGACCCAGGAGAACAAAAGGGGGUCACAACAUUAGCAGUAAAUGGGCAGUAUUCACUAAUUACUCCCAAUACAAUGGACUCUCCCCAGAGAGAUAAGAAGCCAGUGAGCCGCCGAGUGUUGGUUGAGAGAGGCUGGGGAGAUCUCUGUCUAUUACUACAAAAAGAACUUCCCAUCGCGGACUGGAAGUUUGUAAUCAGAGAACUCUUUGCUACCGUGGGGAAAUCAGCGGACCGUGUCCUGGAGGAACACGAGGCCAAUCAUCCGCGGAACGUGAGGGAACAGAUCUACUGCUGCCUUCAGAGCUUCAGUCAACAGACAGACCUGUGUUCCUUUGAUCUUCAGAGACUUUCCGACAUUUUAUGUCACCACGAUCAUAUCGAACUUGCAGAGAAAAUUCAGGACGACAAUCGGUUUAGUCCAUUGUUUCCUAACAGGUUAUCAGACAGCAGUUGUACUGACUUUGGUAGUGUUACCAGAACUCAGUGAUAUCAGCCAUAUCAUUAUAGAUAUGCAUAAAAAGAAUUAUUUUUAUGACAGAAAUGUACAUUUUAUCAAAGGAUUUGUCAUUGUAUACUAUAUUAUACUGUAGACGUACUUUUUUCCGCAGGGUCAUAAUUCCGUGGAAUUUCAAUUUCCAUUUAAUCAGCGGGUAGAAAAUUACGCGGAUUUUCUUGACUGUCACCAUAUGCCUUACAUUUAUAUUAAGUACGCUUGGACUAAUUUCCAUGGAUUAUCUGUGACCACAUACAUAGCUUGAAUUAAUACCACGCAGAAAAAAGUACUUCUACAGUACCCUCAACUGGAAGAACUCAGUGUUGUUUUCUUUUCACAAUUAAGGUAUAUGCAUUCAUCUGCUGCCUGCAGACAAUCUUCUUUUUUUAGCUCACCUGAGCCGAAGGCUCAAGUGAGCUUUUCUGAUCACAUUUUGUCCGUCGUCCGUCCGUCUGUCCGUCCGUCCGUCUGUAAACUUUUCACAUUUUCGACUUCUUCUCAAGAACCAAUGGGCCAAUUUUAACCAAACUUGGUACAAAGCAUCCUUGGGUGAAGGGGAGUUUAAAUUGUUAAAUUGAAGGGCCAAGUCCCCUUACAAGGGGAGAUAAUCAAGAAAAGUCAAAAAUAGGGUGGGGUCACUAAAAAAUCUUCUUCUCAAGAACCACUGGGCCAGGAAAGCUGAAUUUUAUGUGGGAGCAUACUUGGGUAGUACAGAUAUUAAAUUGUUAAAAUCAUGACCCCCGGGGGUAGGGCGGGGCCACAAUAGGGAAUCCAAGUUUUACAUAGAAAUAUAUAGAACAAAUCUUUAAAAAUCUUCUUCUCAAGAACCACUGGGCCAGGAAAGCUGAAACUUAUGUGGAAGCAUCCUUUGGUAGUGUAGAUAUUAAAUUGUUAAAAUCAUGACCCCCGGGGGUAGGGCGGGGCCACAAUAGGGAAUUCCAAGUUUUACGUAGAAAAAUAUAGAACAAAUCUUUAAAAAUCUUCUUCUCAAGAAACACGGGGCCAGGAAAGCUGAAACUUAUGUGGAAGCAUCCUUGGGUAGUGUAGAUUCUAAAGUUUUAAAAUAAAAAAGGGAAGGGGGUUGUUGGGCAUGAUAGGUAUAGCAAGAGGGGGAAUCUGGUAAAGAUCUGCAUCACCCAAAUUACUCAGGUGAGCGAUGUGGCCCAUGGGCCUCUUGUUUUUGAAAUGUAACAAUCUUUUUUUAUUUUGAACUGUAAGAUUCUGAUACAUUAUUUAUGAUACUGCUAAUAGUAAUGAUUCUAUGAUGGAAGAGUACAGUUAUGUACAACACAUGUACAUAUUUUCAAACGCUUUAAAGGUCUGCAAGCCAUUGUUGUAAUAGUUCAUGCAUUUUAAGUAGGAUUACACUAAUUAAUAAUGGAAAAUAUGAUAGAUACCAGGUAUUUUAAAAAGUUCAUUCAGUAAU